UACUCUCUCUCUCUCUCUCUCUCUCUUCCCCUAUCUUUGGCAUGCGGAUAUUAUUAACGCCCCCAUCGCUCUUUUUUCUUGAAUUUUUCGUGUAUUAUUGGAUAUUUCAUUUUAUCUGUUUGAUUAUCGUCUUUAAUUUCUAGUCUUUGCCCUCUGUUUCUCCCCCUAUAUAAGCCAUUUCCUCCCUCAAAUCUUCCACUCCAGGAAAAAAAAGUGUGUGUUGAUGCUCGCUCCCUUUUUGUCCCCGCCUUUCUCCAAAUUAUGAUCAUGAGCUUUUGCAAAAAGGGUCUCCACUCAUUUCUGGGCCUCACUUACUUCAUUGAUAGCAAUACCGCCGCCAUCGCGGUCGCCUGCCCCGCCACUAAAACGUCGCCUCCUGCUGCCGCCGACGCCGACUUGGCUAGAGGAGUGGGUCUCAUGACGGCCACGGGGGAAAUGUGCCGCCAGCCGAACGUGUUGGAAUCUUCUGCCAUCAAAUCACUGCCAGCUGCGGCGGCAAAGAAGGACCCGGAUGGGAAUAGUACCGUGAGAAUGUUCUUGGAUGACGUAGGGGAGGUGGUCGACGGGUUGAUGUCGUGCACCGAGAGCCUAGGGUUCGAGAGCUCCGAUGAGAGGAGGGUCGACGACCACACGAUGAUGGAGGACAUAGGGAGCAUGAGCAACAAGAACGGCGAUGAUGAGUGGCAUCACGUGGGGAGGACAAGGUGGAGGGAAGAGAGCGAGAGGAGGAGAGAGAAGAAGUUCCCACCUCCAUUGUCCUCCUUGAACCACAAGGGCCAACCUUGCUUCUUCCUCAGGCCCGUGAGAAGGGAUGGGAGGUUGGAGCUGACCGAGGUGAGGAUCGAUCGGCCCGAGAUCCUCCGCUCCUCACGGCAGGAUGGGCGGCUGCGGUUGGAGUUCAUUGUAGACGAGGAGGAUGAGGAAGAAGAACAAGAACAAGAAGAACCGGAAGAACUAGAAGAUGAGGAGGAGCAAAUAAUAGAAGAAGAGGAGGAGCAGGAUGACGGCAACCACCGCGAGGUGCAGGAUCCCGGCGAUUCAACGGAGUGCUGGAUAAGCGAAGAGGAGGACGGUCAUCACGACGGGGAGACAUUUGAGUUUGAAGAAGAGGAAAGGAUGGGCGAGUGGAGGUUUCACCACCAUCAUCAUCAUCAUCAAGUGAGUAAUGAAGGGUUUGGGAGAUGCCACAAAUUGGUGAACCACCGCGACCACCACCCCCACCACCACCACCACCACCACCAUCACCUCCAUCACCACAAUAACUUACAUGUGUGGAGGCAGCCUUUCGUGACCACAAGGUGAAGUUAGCACAUGUUCCCCACGCGGUUGUGCGAAAAGGACUUGGGAUGGGAAAGGAGGCGGCCAUUUAUUUUGUGUCGAGGAUUAAUGUGUUUUCCUUUUUUGUUGUCAUUGGGUUGUGCAUAAUAUCUGCUGAAUUUUGAGAGAGAGAGAGAAAGGGUGAUGAUGUGUCUCAAAAUCAACCAAAGUUUUCGGGCACAAGCGGUUGAUGCGGAUAAAGGUGGAAUCUUUGGAAAUGGGAAAUGUCAGCAGUGCAGUCUGCAUCUGGAGGUUGGAGAGAGAUGUGAAAAUAUUAGUUAUGUUUUUACCAAAUUUAGUUGUUCUUUAGUUACAAGAACUUGGCAACACGCGCCAUCAUCUUGUGAAAUAUAAAUGGCAUCGUGUAUUUAAAACAAAGAAAGGAAAUUAUGAAAUCCCAGAAGUAUUCAGCCUCCA